UGCCCUCCAGUACUUCUCCCACCCAUCCCUCAAAGAAAACCUACCCCCAUAUCCUCUCUCUCUCUCUCCUCCCUAAAACCCAAAUUUCAAUAUCCCCAAUCAAUAUCCCUCCGACACCCAAUUGUUUCUAUGACCAUCAGACUCUGAAAAGCCUGAUUCUUGGCCAUGAGGAGGGGCAGAGGAGCAGCCACGAGAGCCGCAGCGCCGCCGGCCGAACCCACCGGAUACAGACCCAGUAUUGGAAAAGAGGUCCGGUACCGAGGGGUGCGGAGAAGACCGUGGGGUCGGUUUGCUGCCGAGAUCCGGGACCCGUGGAAGAAGACCCGGGUCUGGCUCGGCACGUUCGACUCGGCCGAAGACGCCGCCCGAGCUUAUGAUGCCGCCGCUCGGAUCCUCCGCGGCCCCAAGGCCAAGACCAACUUCCCGAUCUCCUGUGCUUACCCGCCCUUUUACAACAACCCUACCGACCCAGCUAUCGAGGCAAAGCUUUUCGGGUCGGGUUACGGGUUUCAGGACAAUCCGGUUGUACAUCCUCAGAGACCCGCAUCCAGCAGCCUGAGCUCCACCGUGGAGUCGUUCAGUGGGCCCCGGCCGCCGCCUCAAUUUACGACGAUGGCUGCCGAGUUGUCACGGCCUAAACGACAGCCGAGGACCCCGCCUAUGGUUCCGGAGGACUGCCACAGCGACUGCGACUCGUCGUCAUCGGUGGUUGAGGACGACGAGGAUUUCGUUGCGUCGUCGUCGUUUCGCAAGGCCCCGCUGCCCUUCGAUCUUAAUUUCCCACCGUUGGAUGUGGAUGGGGAUUUGGGCGGUGGGGUGGACGGUCAUGAUCUUCGAUGAUUUUCGAGGAGAGGUUUGAAUCCGGAACGCAAUGAGAUGAAAAGGCAAAAGGAUUGAGUGUUCGAUAUGGGUUUUUUCGUUGUCACCAAGUUUUGAAACGGAUUCAAUUUGCAUGGACAGAUUUGGGGAAUGCAAGGAGAAAACAAACACUCUUUGCUAAUUUUGGUAUGUAUCAAUUUGUUUAGAUGGUACAUUUGUAAACAAACCUCAUUUGCUCGUCAUUUUGCUUAUAAUGGAGUAAAAUAAAUCAUUGGCCUAACUUGUUUUUCCAUUAGUCCUUGGCUGUGUUAUGUGAUCAAUUCUUUGUACCUCACUCGGCACGAUAAAGCCGGCCUUGUUCAAUGAGAUAAAAUCGACUCUACUCA